GUAGGUCACAGGCGGUGUAGAGGGGGUGGGGUCACGACGCGACCUUGCGUGAGGCCUGGUCCGAUACAGCUUUUAAAGAAACAAGAGAAAAGAAACAGCGGCAUAAUCAUACGAAUUGUUACGAUUGCAGUUGUUACAAUUACAGCUUCGACGAUGUGGAAAUCCGUGGUGUCGCUGGGACGCGGUCUCCUGCUGCAGUCGCUGAAAUCGCCGGCGAUCAAUGAGACGGUGCUGUCAAAGCCAGGAGUGAUGUUGGAACAGAGGAGAAGUCACUACGUGGACUGGAAGAUGCUGAGGGACGUCAAGAGGAGGAAGAUGGCAGCAGAAUACGCAGACGAGAGGCUACGCAUCAAUGCCCUCCGCAAGAAUACCAUCUUGCCCAAAGAGUUGCAGGAAGAAGCCAACAAAGAAAUAGCAGCGUUGCCACGUGACAGCUGCCCUGUGCGCAUCCAUAACCGCUGUGUGAUGACAUCGCGGCCACGGGGAGUGAAGCGAAGGUGGCGUUUGAGUCGCAUCGUAUUCCGAGACCUCGCGGAUCACGGCCAAAUGGCAGGCAUCCAGCGAGCCAUUUGGUGACCAGCAGAGGAUAUAACGGAUGUAAUCAUUACUAUGGGUUUUUGCAGUCUUGCAAUUUGAGGUUUGUCAAACUUUUGUUUGUACAUUGUGCACCUUUUCAAUAAGGCAUCACCCAAUCUCUAGAACCUUUGGACACUACGGGGGAAUGUUAACUUGACUUAAGAUAUGCUUGGUUCUUUCGGUAAAGUCACGUAUUAUAAUUUAAAAAAAAAUGUAAUUUCCCUUCUACGUGACUUUACCGAAAGAACCAAGAAUAUGAAUCCCUGCAGUCACGAAAGCUUUAAAUCAAAAUUUUACUUAAGAUGCUCGUUAAAGAAAUGACGUUUAAAUGUUAAACAAUCUUACAUGCAAUUGUCUGCAUUGUUAAAUUUUAAUAUCUCAGUGUCAGAAUAUCUUCAUGUAAAAUGAUGCAAUAGAAGACUGGAGAUCAUCCUUAGUUGACCGAGAUAUAAAAACAAAUAUUUCAUUUGGAAUGUAAUGCCAUCGUGAAAAAAUGAGUGUGAUGGUACAAAUAAAAAUGUAUGAUACAUAUACAAGACAAUGCAAAUGAGGGUUUUUGUAAACUUUAUUUUUAGAUCACAUUUUUGUGAAUUUAUGGGAAGGACAUUCUUUGCUAAAUAAAUAAAUAAAACAUUACAGUAUUUUGACUCUCCUACUGUAUUUUACAGCCGUAGAAAUGUAAUACAAUAAGAACUAAAAACACAUUCAACAAAGCACCACAUCAUAAAGUUUCACUAAUAUGACAAGAAAUGGUGUUUGGAAUGUGUAUAAUCUGCUUGAUAAGCAGCAAUUUUAUUGUCCAAAUCUAGGACUGAAAAGUAGUUGGUAUUCCAGAGAUUGAGAACUUUAAAAAAAUCUGAUGUAAAGUGUUCAAAUAGACAACAGCAACAAUAUGCAUAACUUACACGAUAGAA